AUGCUUCAAAAUAGAGGACUGGAAGAAGAUUUCAUGAGUGAUGAAAUUGACUUUUUUGUGGACACUCUCGAAAAUACAUCAUCAACAACAAUGAACGACGAAAGUCCGAGUUGUUGUAUGGAUUUUUCAAAUGAUGGAUCUUCCAUCAAACGCAAGAGGGAUUCUAACGAGCAUGAUUAUUUAAUUGCGGAAUUAAAGAAUCAGGACGAAAAUUACAGAAAAACCAAAAAUCGAAUAUGCCCAAAUUAUUCAUCAUCGCUAAUAUCCAGAGAAGAAUCGCAACAAAAGAGACAAAUUGUUGAAAUGAUACUUUCAAAAAAGAGAUUUGAAAAUAAGAGAAAACUUCCUCCUCAACACGAAUUGUAUCACAACUUGCUUCGAGAUACUCAUUUGAUUGGAGAGCUGGAAGUACAAAAUCGAAUGAUUUGUAAAUUGGAGGUAUUACUUUUAAAGUUAGAUGAGAAAAAUAGUAGUAGUACAAUGAUAGACGGGCAACAGAUAAUGACAUUCAAACAACUUGUACAGCACAUUGCAAGCAUUACGUCAAAUAUUUCAUUGAAAGAAGUUGCUGAAAAAGUACUCUCCAAACUUGCCAAAUAA